AUGCACAGACGCUCAUCGGGCUCUCCUGUCGAGGACGAAGAUUCCUCGGUCUCCCGAACAGACGAUGGCCCGAAUGCCAUCGACGAGAACUCGCGAUCCCAAAUAGCUCCCCGCGGCACCAGCUUCGAUCUUCGCCGCGACGGCAGCGCAACGCCGCGAUCCCGGAACUCGAGCAUGUGGCGCACCCCGUCUUCACAACCUUCCAACGACACCAAAGCCAUGCCAUUGGGCUCUCCGCGCCUCCCUAUGGAGGCUCCGUCCUCCGAUGGCCGUCGCGCCCGACAAUCUCGCCUGCGCAGUCCUUGGUCCUGCUCCAUUCUGACCGCACUGACGACAUGCGUCGCUGUCGUCGUCUUGAUCUCCAUCGUGCGCUCAUUUGUCGGCCGUCAGAUUGGUGGUGAUGGGUGCGGUGUACCAAUGAUGAGUCCGACUUUCAUUCGCAUGCUGGAAUUCGAUACCGAGCACACCCGCUUCGCGAGCAAAUAUAACCUCUUUGUUUAUCGGGAGGAAGGCGUGGAUCCCUACACUCAGGAUAACAUUGGGUUGAACGGCGUACCUGUUUUGUUCCUCCCCGGUAACGCCGGCAGCUAUCGGCAGGUACGGUCUCUGGCGGCUGAGGCCUCGCGGCAUUACUACGAUGUGGUUCGACACGACGAAAGCCGCCAUGCGGCCGGCACACGGAGCUUGGAUUUUUUCAUGGUCGAUUUCAACGAAGACAUGGCCGCGUUCCACGGGCAGACUUUGCUGGACCAGGCCGAAUACGUGAACGAAGCGAUCUCAUACAUUCUGUCAUUAUACCAUGACCCCAGACGCACACGCCGAGACCCUGGGCUACCAGAUCCGAGUGCUGUCGUUCUUAUCGGUCACUCUAUGGGCGGGAUUGUGGCCCGGACUGCUUUGACCAUGGCCAACUACCAGGCCAAUUCAGUCAACACCAUCAUCACGAUGUCUGCACCGCACGCCAAGCCACCCGUUUCCUUCGACUCCGAUAUCGUCCACACCUACAAACAGAUCAAUGAUUAUUGGCGCGACGCAUAUGCCCAAACCUGGGCUAACAACAACCCGCUGUGGCAUGUGACUCUGAUCUCGAUUGCGGGUGGUGCGCGAGACACCGUGGUUCCUUCCGACUAUGCGAGUAUCUCGUCUCUCGUCCCAGAGACCCACGGAUUCACCGUCUUCACCUCCUCUAUUCCUGAUGUUUGGAUUGGUAUGGACCAUCUGUCGAUCACCUGGUGCGAUCAGUUCCGCAAGGCAAUCAUCAAAUCUCUGUUCGAGAUUGUGGAUGCUAGACGCCCUACCCAAACAAAACCUCGAGCUGAACGGAUGCGGGUGCUCAAAAGGUGGUAUUUGACUGGUUUGGAGUCGGUGGCCGAGCGGACAUUGCCCCAGAAGGAAGCGAACACCCUUUUGACCCUGGAGGAUAAUGCGAACACCAUCCUCGCGCAAGGUCAGCGACUUAUCUUGCGUGAGCUAGGCUUGCAGCAUGGUCCAGACGUGCGCCUUUUGCCUAUCCCUCCCCCAGGAGUGGCAGGUAAAAAGUUGACCCUACUCACAGACCAAUCCUUGGACAAGAACGGCAACGUCGAGGUUUUGUUCUGCAGUGUGUUCCCACUCUCCAAUGGGCGCUCGACCAAUUUCCCCUUGAACUUGGACUUCUCUGGUGGUACUGUAGGGUCGACUCGUUUGGCCUGCAAGACUGCGACUGAAGACAGUAUCCAUUUGCCUGCCUCUACCCGUUCUUCGAAGCAUGCUUACGAUCGCACUGCGCCAUUCUCAUACCUUCAAUAUGACUUAGAGAGCCUCGCCGAACAUCAAUUUGUGGCUGUCGUUGACAAGGCCAAUGUGCCGACUUCGGGAUUCCUUGUCGCCGAGUUUUCGGACAGCUCGGAUUCCCUCAUCCGUGCCAAGGUGGGAUUAGGCGGACUGCUGAGUGCCGGUCUGAAGAUGCGGCUCCCAGCUAAUCGCCCGAUGUUGACCGAGGUGAAGAUUCCGGCUUUGCAUUCGAGCUUGCUCGACUAUCGCCUGAAGAUCACGCGGGGUUCCCAGAAACAGGAGCUGUUCGCUCCAUUGCUUCGGCAAUCCGUCUCUGAUCCCCACGAGUCCAAGUUCUUCGUCAACGUAGAUGAAGUCAAUGUAAAUUUGCACGGCAUGGCUCCCUUCAUGCCACCGGCGAUCAGCGAGCAGGCUGCCCUUGGGGGUGUAUCUUUCCAGUUGUGGACUGACCCAACCUCCGGCUCGACGGUCGACAUCUCGCUUCAAGUCGAUCUUGCCAGCAGUCUUGGAGAGCUAGUGAUGCGCUAUCGAACCAUUUUCGCUGCCUUCCCGCUGCUUGUUGUUGCCCUCGUUCUUCGCAAGCAGUUCCAGGUGUAUGAUGACACUGGCUACUUCAUCCCAUUCACUGAUGGUCUUGACCGGGCGUUGCGUUCUUCUUUCCCACUGCUUCUGGUGGCCAUGUCGCUACUGGCUUCAUCCUUGGCUACUUCCAAGGCCUUGCCUCAGACUGACGAAACACUUCACUGGCGGACGAACUCGACCGAGACUCCCAUUGAUUUCACUAAAAACGAUCUAUUGCUCGGGUCUCAGGACGCUUUCUUCUGGUUCCUUGUCCCGGUGUUUGGGCUCAUUAGCGUGGGCGUCUGUGUUCUUGUCAACUAUCUCGCCCUUGUCCUCGUGAAUAUCUUUUCAUGGAUAUACGGGGCUACUCAUAGCAAGUCAGGCUACAUCCGCCGGGAAGACCGAGGAAAUCUUCCGAUCUUCAAUACUCCAACACCCCGGCGUCGUAUAAUUCACACUGCGAUCCUUCUGGUCCUUGUUUCUACCGUCAUUCCCUACCAGUUCGCCUAUAUGGUGGCCUGCAUCGUGCAACUAGCCACGUGCGUGAGGGCACAGUGGCAUGUCAAGGAAACAAGAUCGACCUCGCAUAUGAACUUUGGCAACUACGCACACUCCAUCCUCAUCCUGAUGCUGUGGAUUUUGCCUAUUAAUGUGCUUGUCCUCCUCGUCUGGGCCCACAAUCUCGUUGUGCAUUGGUUCAUGCCAUUCUCAUCGCAUCACAACGUUCUAUCCAUCAUGCCAUUCCUCAUUCUAGUCGAGACCAUGACAAGUGGUGCAAUGAUACCACGCAUCACAACCAGAUUCAAGCACGUCACCUCGAUGAUCUUCUUCGCCAUCGCCAUCUACUCAGCGAUCUACGGCGUCUCGUACGCGUACCUCCUCCACCACCUCGCCAAUUUCCUGGCAGCCUGGUUCGUCGGCAUUUACCUGUUCGGCAACAAUUUCUCUCCUCGCCGUCUCUGGCGUAUCAUCGAUGGCGACGAGCCCCCUUCUGAAUCAGGGAAUAGUCACGUCAAGAAGAAGCCAUGA